AUGUCCAACAAAUACGAUGUCCACCACACAUUCGACAGCCGAGAAGAAUACCAGCGCCCCAUCACCAGCGCCGACAUAAGCGACUACAUCCCCCUGCAACCCGGCCGCGAAAAUAUAAACGAACCCACCCCCUUCGACGUACUCAACUGGCUCUCCGUCUUCUACGGCCAGAAAGUUCCUCCGCUGCCCGUGAUUCGCGCGCGGGAUCUCGAAGAAGUUCCCGAUCAGCGACUCCAGGAGACAUUGGAGGAGUAUCAGCUUUUUACCCCGACGGUGCGGGGCGUAAAGUUAAAUCCCUUUACCGAGAUUGGCAUUGAGGGGUUUCCGUUGAUUGAGGAUACGAGGUUUAAUAUCGUGCGCAGCUAUCCGGCCGAUGAACAGUAUCAGGGUCCGCAUAAUUUGAUUUGGUUGGUGUCGAAUUCGUAUUGGAGAGCGGUGGCCUGGGCCAUCUACGGCAACUGGGAACUCUGGCCGCAUAGCGCCUCGGGAUUCCCUACUGCGCGAUUCGACACGACGACAUCCAGCAGAUCACCGCCGACAUCUACGGCAUCUUCCUCGUUCAUAUUCACAUGUCGACCCGCCGGCCAAGCAUUAAACAUCCCCGGCUUCGGCAGCGACCAAAAUCCACGACACUUUGCGGCCGACCAUCCGCGGGGAGUUCAACCGCCCGCACAAAUUCAUCCGGCUCUCCAUCGGCACCGUGCCCGAGAAAUACAGACAGUAUCCCGACGCGAACCUGCUGCCCCUCUGGCAGAUGUACGAGCCAAUGAUGCUCAACAUGCCGAAUUUGCACCACUCGGAUUUCAAAUACAUACGUCCGACAUAUGA